AAGCUCCACACUUUCUCAUUACUAGCUUAGCAUCGCCACAGUGAGGCCUCGCUUGUAUUUGUUCAACUUUAUUGGACACAGUUUCAAGAUAAAAGACAUGUCUGCCGAAAAGAAGCCCAAGAAGAAGAAGCCCGAGUCGACUCUGGCAGAGACCAACGGGACCGAAGACAAACCCAAAAAGACCAAGAGCAAGAAGAGCGGCGGCGAUCUGUCGGCCGAGAACAGCCCGGCCACUCAGAAUGGAGAGAAGGUGAAGAAGAAGAAACUGGAGAAGGAGAAAGAAUCAACAGAGAAGGAGAAGGAAAUAAAAAAGAAAGCAAAAAGUGCUCCAAAGAAGAAAAAGAGUUCUACAGAAGAUGAUGAUGAUGAUGAGGAGGAUGAUGAAGAGACCACUCCUCAGAAAAAGACAAAGAAAAAGACUUCAAAAGACAGUUCUGAAGGAAAAGACAAAGAGAAGGAAAAAGACAAAAAGUCAAAAUCAAAAGACGUCAAAGAAGACGCAGACAGUAAAGGAAAAUCUAAAGCGAAGAAGAAGGAACCAGCCUCUAUGUUUCAGAUAAACGGAGACAAGCCUGAAACCAAGAGUAAAAAGAAAGCUGCCAAAUCUGAGAGUGAAGAUGAGAGCGAACCAGAAACCAAAACCAGCAAGACGAAGAAGAAGAGCAGCUCAAACCCAGCGUCCAUGUUUCAGACAGGAGGAGACAAAGAAAAAGACAAGGACAAAAAGACAAAAAAGACCAAAAGUCCUGCUAAAGCAGAAGAGACUGAAGACUCUGAUUCAGAAGUGACACAGAAGAAGAAAAAGGGCAAAGGGAAAAAAGGCAAAAAGGAGGAACGAGCACCUUCUCCUCCCAUCGAGUUUGACAAUCUGGAGGAGUUCGUUCUUCAACCUGCACAGCAAGGCGUCAUGGUAAAGUGCAAAGUGACCCGUGACAAGAGAGGGAUGGACCGAGGCCUUUACCCGACAUACUACCUGCACCUGGACAACGAAAAGAAAGUGUUUUUGUUAGCGGGAAGGAAGAGGAAAAAAAGCACAACUUCAAACUACUUGAUCUCCAUAGACCCAACUGACCUCUCCAGAGGAGGAGAAAACUUUGUUGGAAAGCUGAGGUCAAAUCUGAUGGGAACUAAGUUCACGGUGUUUGAUAAUGCACUGCAUCCGGACAGAGCUCUGCCGGACAUGUCUAACGCACGGCAGGAAUUAGCAGCAAUUAUCUAUGAAACAAAUGUUUUGGGCAUGAAAGGACCAAGGCGAAUGGUUGUAAUUAUCCCUGGCAUGAACAAAGAUGGAGAACGUGUCCCCAUACGACCACGUAGUGACAAUGAUGGCCUCCUCAUUAGACAUCAAAACAGAAAUAUGGAAAACUUGAUAGAGCUGCGCAAUAAGACGCCAGUGUGGAAUGAAGAGACGGCGUCACACGUCUUAAACUUCAACGGCAGAGUCACACAGGCAUCCAUCAAAAAUUUCCAGAUUGUGCAUAACAAAGACCAGGACUACAUUGUGAUGCAGUUUGGGAGAGUAGCAGACGAUGCCUUCACUUUGGACUACAGGUAUCCUCUGUGUGCCGUACAAGCCUUUGCCAUCGCUCUCUCCAGCUUUGAUGGCAAAAUCGCCUGCGAGUAAAAGCAUAAAGACAUCCCGCUGGUGUUUUCUAUGAUUUUGUCACAUGCAGCAAAUGGGAAACGUUCUCACUCAGCAUCAGCUCAAGACCAAAACCCAUAAAUCUGUAUAAAGCCACCAUUGCUUGUGGGGUUGCAUGAUUUUACAUGCCAUAGAGAGAUCUGCUGGUGAUAUCCGCUUGGGCUAAAAUCAAGUAAUGGUUGUACAAUGGGUGUACUGAGAAGGGGGGGAAGUGCAUUGAGAUUUGAGAGUUUGAAAGAUGUAAAUGACCCCUGGUGGUGAGGAGGUCAUGUUAGACAUGGAAUGUGUUUGAAAAGGGAAAAAGAAAUGAUGGAUUGUGUUGUAUUUUUAGGUUAUGUAUACAAUAAAAGUAGGAAAAAUGUAUUUUCACAUCGUCUGCUUCACAUUUUAGUAAAACGGGUUAAAAACAGUGUUAUAUAACCUAAUAACAUAAAUAGAAAAAACACUUGUUUAUAGGAACAGUUCACCCAGAGUUGAAAAUUAUGGACUCGUGUUUUGGCCAGAAACAACGGUUGAAGUUAAAAAAAAAAAAAAGUCUUAAUAAUGGAUUUGUUUCUUACAAACAUGCAGCAUUGGCUUUACAAGAUGUUAACGAAUGGACUGGACUGGUGUGAAUUACUUGUGGAAUAUUGUGAUGUUUUUUUAACAGCUGUUUGGACUCUCAUUCUGAUGGCACCCAUUCACUGAAGAGGAUUUAUUGGUGAGCAAGUGAUGUAAUGCUACAUUUCUCCAAAUGUGUUUUGAUAAACAAACAAACUCAUCUACAUCUUGGAUAACCUGAGGUUGAGUGCAUUUUUUAGAAAAUUUCUCAUUUUUGGCUGAACUAUUCCUUUAAAAAUAAUUAAUUAAUUAAGUGCUGUGUUUUGUGUGUGUAACUGUGUGAGAAUGCUUAUCUGAGAGCAAGCAAGAAAGAAGUUGUCUGUGCAAGUGUGCCGAAAGCCCAAGAUUAAAGCAAGGUCCAGGUUUAUCAAAGCUGAUAGUAAAUGUAAUAUUUUUACACAUGCAAUAUCAUUGACUGAUGCUUGGAGUAUGUCAAACAUCUCAACCACUCAUGCAAUUUCUUGCUUACUCAAGCAAAGAUGAUCUGGAAUAAUAAGUGUCAUUACAGGGAUAAUGCAUACUGUCAUCUGAUACAGAUGCUAACACCCAGUGCUUGGUGUUUAAUUGUUUUGUUUUGCCUUGUAUAUGUCAUUGUAGUUUAUGAUUAUUUGUGUAACUGUCUUAAUGCAUGUCGACAAAAGUAAUUAGACAUUAGUUCUUCUGUUUUUACUUAAUGUGAAUGUAAAUGUAGGAAGGAAAAUGCAAUACUUUAAAAUGAA